UAGUAGGUUGCUUUGAGCAUGCGUCAUGUUGGGCGGCUCUGGGGCACAGACAAGUAUCUCCGUAGGGGAGCUAACCGACCAAUAGGCGGCGGUUGCUGUGUUGCUGGGGGCGUGACCAUGCAGAUAAGGCGCGGGUGGGCGGCCCAAUGGGCGGGCGCCUAUGCAGAUGAGACGGUGACAGCCCGGCCAGCGGGCGGGCGGGCAGGCGGGCUGCUGGGGCGGGAGGUGGGAACGGGAGAGGGGUGGCCGUGGGGCCCGGCCGGGCUGGGGCGGGGGGCCGCAGCCAUGAUCCGGGCCUUCUCGUUCCCGGUGAGCCCCGAGCGGGGAAGGCUGCGGGGAUGGCUGGAGGGCAGUCUGGCCGGGCUCUGCGAGUUGCAUUGGCUCAGGGAGAGGCAGGAGUACCGCGUGCAGCAGGCGCUGCGGCUGGCCCAGCCCGGAAUGGGGGGCGCCGAGGCCGAGGACGAGGAGGACGCCGACGAGGACGAGGAUGCGGCGGCGGCGCGCCGGGCCGCUGCGGCCCUGGAGGAGCAGCUGGAAUCCGCCUGCAGCAGGAGGCACUAGAGGAAGACUUGCAGAAGGACUUUCCAUCGGAGGCCCUGCCUGGGCUCAUCUGGGAUCUGGGCCAGCAGCUGGGAGACCUGAGCCUGGAGUCGGGGGGCCUGGACCAGGAAAGUGGGCGCAGCUCAGGCUUCUACGAAGACCCCAGUUCCACGGGAGGCCCAGAUUCUCCACCUUCGACCUUCUGUGGGGACAGUGGCUUCUCCGGAUCUGGCUCCUAUGGACGCCUGGGUCCCUCUGAGCCCCGGGGCAUCUAUGCCAGCGAGAGGCCCAAGUCCCUAGGAGACGCCAGUCCCAGCACUCCGGAGUCGGUGGGCGCUAGGGCAGCAGUGCCACGCUCCUACUCCGCGCCCUACCCGACGGCGGCGGGCUCUGCGGGCCCAGACGCCUGCUCCUCUGCCGAGCGGCGGGCGCGAGCGGGCCCCUUCCUGACGCCCAGCCCUCUGCACGCCGUGGCGCU